ACCGAUAUAUCUCUUCUAGCUUUUAUUUUUUACUUGUUACAAUCAUCGGGCUACAGUCAUACACACAGAAAGAGAGAGAGAGAGACAACGGUAUAGAGUAGCAUCUUAGACUUACCAUCAUACGUCCCGAUUUGUCUUGGACAAUCGGGACAGUCCCCAUUUCAGUCCCGGAUUGAAAAUCCAUUCUCAGUGUCCGAUCCGGUUCACAAAGUUGACCUGUUUGAUCCUGAAAUGUCUCAAAAAGAACUAAAAGUGUUGAAACCGGCAACGUGUCCACACCCUGCCGUACACAACUCAGAUACAAACUAACGUACAUCGUGGCUCAAUCUAAACCUGGCAGCGAAUAUCCUUAACAGAUUUACAGCCCUCCACCAAAUCAAACAGCACCGGAUCUGUCCUGUGGAACUUUCCAAAAAAUGUGUCCAGCGUGCCAAGCAGUUACGAGAGUUGAAUAUGUUCAUCACAGAAUGUUAUUCCAAUCCUCACCACCAGACGGAGCCACACACACCUGUUGCUAACAACAACACAGAGACCAGCUGCUCCAAGAUACUUCAAGGUCUGCCUUUUGCCAUUAAGGACAACUUUAGUACAGAAGGUGUACGGACAACAUGUGCCUCAGCAAUGUUGCACAAUUACAUGCCACCCUACAAUGCCACAGUUGUAGAGAAAUUACUGCAACAAGGUGCCACCAUAAUUGGUAAGACAAACAUGGACGAGUUUGCCAUGGGGGCCGGCAGCAUUGAUAGCCAUUUUGGGCCAGUGAAGAAUCCUUGGAAGUAUCCAUUUGACCGCUCCAGCACCAAACAUUUGACUGGUCCGAAAGGAAAUUUAGAGAGUAACAAUGAUAAACCUAUCCAACCUACCAUCUCAGGAAAUGAGGAAAAGGACAGCUCGGCCCCUCCUCAGAGGUCAUGGGACCAACAGACAGACAACUUGUUAAGCCAUGAAAGGCGACACAAACAGUGGCUGGAUGAUGAGGAUUGGUUCAUUACUGGAGGAAGUUCUGGUGGGAGCGCUGUCGCAGUGGCUUCAGGAAUUGCAUUUGGGGCCCUAGGAUCAGAUACUGGAGGCUCAACUAGAAACCCUGCUGCAUAUUGUGGCAUUGUUGGUCUGAAGCCAACCUAUGGCAGUUUAUCAAGAUAUGGGCUGAUCCCUCUCGUCAACUCCUUUGAUGUCCCUGGUAUCCUGGCUAAAACAGUAGAUGACGCUGCCUUAAUAUUCAAUAUUUUGAGAGGUCAUGACAUCAAAGACUCCACUACAGUGACCAAUAAAUUCCAGCCACUCUCCAUUGAUGAGCAUCCCUCAAUGGUUGGUAUAACAGUGGGCAUUCCUAAGGAAGCUUACUUGUCUGCGGCUUCUUCAGAGAUAAUUGAGGAAUGGACAAGAGUUUCAGACCAGUUAGAGAGGGCUGGCGCCAAGGUAGUAGAUGUAUCAUUACCACACUUCAAUUACGGUUCAAGCUGUUAUGUAGUGUUGUGUUGUUGUGAGGUGGCAUCCAACAUGGCAAGAUAUGAUGGAAUCAAAUAUGGUCACCGUGCUAAUAUUAUGGCCUCCACAGAGCAAUUGUAUGCCACCAGCCGGCACCAAGGUUUCAACGAUGUUGUCCGAGGAAGGAUUCUGGCCGGCAAUUAUUUUUUACUAAAAAGCAACUACAACAAAUAUGUGGCCCAAUCCAUGAAACUCCGCCGACUCAUCACCACUGACUUCCAUCAAGUGUUUGCCAAUGGUGUGGACAUGCUGCUUACUCCAGUAACAGUGAGUGAUGCUCCCCUCUACAGGGAUUUCUGCCAGGAGGAUAAUCGUACCCGCAUCUCUGAGCAGGAUCUCUACACGACAUCCGUGAAUCUUGCAGGACUACCAGCCGUUACCGUGCCAACUCGAUUAUCUGCCAAGGGAUUACCUCUUGGAAUACAAUUAAUUGGCAAAUGUUUUGGUGAACAGGAACUUCUGUCAGCAGCGAAAUGGAUAGAAGUGGAGAAUAACUUCCUGUCUUUGGACUUGUCAUUCCUCGAUGGUGACAGCUGACACCAACCUCACUAUCAUCAUCGUGUUUCUAAUUAAAUAAUUGCUGUUUUGAGUUUUAUCUAA